CAAUUCCAUAGUCCCUGUACAACCCAAGCGGCGCAACGCAGGUCUACGUCGUUACCUCAACUAUGACUGGGAGGACCUAGGCGCGGGUCAUAUCCGGGUGACUGUGCCCUCGCUCCCUAACGAAGCGCUCGAUGUAUCAGGUGACAAAAUCUCACCAAUUUCGCUUCUGAAGUUGUUCGACUCGGUAUCUUCAGGAUACUUUUCUACAUCCGACGCCGACUGGCCGACAACGGGAGCCGACGGAGUCGAGUUCAUACCGAUGUUGUACGCCCGUAACGUCGCCCUAGACGUGGAGCCCGCGUUUUACGACGUUCGAGGCCAGAAGUUCCCCUUGGUCGUUGACACCCGACUUAAGUACGUCAAACGAGCAUCGUCUUGUUUCGAGAAGACACUUUUUCACGCGACGUCGGGCACGCUGUUCGCGAAACUCACCGGUAUUGACGUCAACGUCGAUUACGUCACACGAAAACCGACGCCGUAUCCGGAUUGGUUUCGAAGAAAAAUAAUCUCGGAUAUUGAUGCUGCCAAGGUAGAAUACACCAUACCAACAAAGCCUCAAGUUGGCGUAUUUACGUCACAUCAUAUAAUUCGUUUGAGCGACACGGAUGAAAACCGGCAUACAAAUUACUGUACUUAUUCUCGAGUUUGCCUCGAUUCGCUGUGUGAAAACAUUACUGCAGGGAAUUACGGAAGUGGUUUGGACGCAUAUAACCUUGCCUUACGGACGAUGGAAGUGACAUUUAAGAAGGAAAGUAAGUUAGGUGACGUCAUAACCGUGACGUCAUGGCAGGACGCGCACAAUAGGGACACGUUUUACUUCGAGAUUUCCAACUUAACCGGUGACGUCAUCACGACGUCUAUGAUGAGAUUUUAUGGAAGCAAACAUUAUGCACAGUCUAAAAUGUGAAAUGCUUACAAUGCGCGAUUCUUUUGUCAUAUAAUAUGACAGGAAAUCAAUGCUACUUAUACUUCUGCAUAGAGUGCAAUUAAAACAUUUUUUUUUCAUUUAAUAUGAGCGCAUGUGAUGCUUUCACGGGCACACUUGUUAAACAUUACGUGCACGCAGUUAGCAUCCACGUUUUUUACGACCACUCUGUCGCUGUAUACUUAACAAGAGCACCGCAUAGCGGGUGCCAACGCUCGGCUGCGAAAGCUUGUCAGAAUUUAUUUUUUUAGAUGUCACAGUGACCUUGACCUUUGACCUAGUGACCCAACAAGAGAUGUGUUUGUCAGAAACACAAUGCCCUCUACUGCGCCACUUUGAAAUAAAAUUUAUAUUCAUCA